AUGGCGGAACAGCGGAAACAUGUUGUCCUCGUCACUGGUGCUUCAAAAGGAAUUGGGUUAGCCGCUACUAGACAUUUAUUAGAAACCUUCAAUGCAAUAGUCGUUGCUGUAUCUCGGAGCCGCUCUCCAGAACUACUCGAAUUGCUCAAGAAAUACCCAUCUGCUCUCCUUUCUAUCGAAGCAGACAUAACAAACGAAGCAGCAACGCGCGAUGCCAUAGCACUUGCCAUAAAGACAUACCGAAACCUCGAUGGUCUAAUUCUCAACGCAGGAGUAGUCGAACCUAUGGGAUUGAUACGCGAUCCUGAGAUUACGACGGAAUCUUGGAGGAGGCACUUUGAUGUUAACUUCUUCUCGUUACUUUACACCGUCCAAGCCGCGCUACCAGCCUUGCGCUCAAGUGACCUCAGAGGUCGAAUUAUUUUUAUUUCAUCGGGCGCCGCAACGGGUGGUACACCCGCCUGGGGAGUAUAUAAUGCAAGCAAGGCUGCGAUGAACAGCUUCUGUCGUACACUUGCAAACGAGGAACCAGACAUCGUCAGUAUCGCUCUUCGUCCAGGAAUGGUAGAUACUGCAAUGCAGGCCCAACUCCGUAACAUCGGAGCGUCGAAACUGAGAGAUGAAGAUGCACAGAAAUUCAUCCGAGCGCAUGCAGAGGGACAGCUAGUGAAGCCCGAGGAUGUAGGUCAUGUAAUAGCGGCUUUAUCGCUCAGAGCACCGAAGUCUCUGAGCGGGCAAUUCGUUAACUGGAACAGCGAUGAAUGUAAAGAGUUUAGAAGGUCGUAGAGAGAAUACUACAUAACCC